AUGGUUACAGGCGCGGAAGCUACUUGCAGCAGUGUUCGCUGCCUCUCGGCCAACAUGACCUGUCGCAUGAGCAGAGGUCGGCAGAAGCAACCGCUCUGCCUCGAUUGCUCCACUCUUCCAAACAACUGCGAGCCUCUUCUCGGCUCGGGCUUUCACUUUUACUCAGUUCGAAUUCCAAACAGCCGGAACCUUUACGGCGCGUCUCCGUCGCUCGUGCCUCGACUAGCCGGCCACGCGUCUGUCCUCAACAGAACCAAAAACGACGGCGACGGCGAGGUCGACGCCAACGCCAACGCCGAGGCCCGCGACUAUUGGACCUCGAUGACGCUCUCGGGUCUCCAGUUCGGCGCGCCACUCGCGCAAGCCCGGCCCCGGCCUGGCCCCGAAUGGCCGCCCGUCUGUACCACCGACGACCUCGUGUUGCCCAACGCCUGCCUGCUUCAUGUGCUCAACUGCCUCACCGAGACGUCGUUCCGUGAGCUGCGGCAGCCCGGCUUCUGUUAG